CCAGCCCUCACUGAACGCAAAAACACACAGCGACUCCAGCAAACAUAAGAGCGAUUUCAGCGCUAGAAAUGUCAUGUACUGAAAUCAGGAGGAGCAGGGGAGGAAAACACUCCUCCACUGAGGAGAAACUGGAUGAAUAUUUAAUCAACCUGCAGCACAAAAACAGGGUGUUAAGAAGACUUCAGAGGAAGGACCCGCGGCAGGCAGAGUUGGAGCUCUUAGAGCAGGGAUUCAACCUGUACAUCAACGGUGCUCAUGUCAGCACCACUAAUGCAGCUCAGAGCAACCGAUCCAGCAGGAGAACAGCUCAUCCUUCCACAGCAGCCCCUGCACCAGCACAGAGAAACACACACACUGCAGAUUCCUCUAGAUUGAGUGGAGAAAAGUGCAUACUAGAUCGAGAGAAACGGAGUCGCACUGCACCUGAAAAAAUACAGAGAAGACAAUGGGUGAAGGAAUCGGUAUACGUCUGCACUGAGAACGGGGCACGAGUGAAGAUUUCACCAGAGCACAGAUACUCCGAUGAUUUUGAGCCGUACGAGAGUGCGGAUAUGGAGUCUGCUCGUGACAGCAGUAAAGUGUCACGUUCACUCGGGUUGAAGUCCCGUGCUGACCCUGAGCCUGUCCACAGAGUUCUUCUAAACCCUGACCAGGUUAAGGCGCUGCGGCGUAGCCUGGAGGUCAGCGUCAACCGCAGCAGUCGAGACUCAGCCGGAGAGGAAUCGGAGGAAGAAUGGAUUGAGGAACAGAUCGAGAGAGAGGAGAGCAGUGACAGUCUCCCUGACCUCACUAUUCCUGCCCAACACACAAGCCAGCCAAUCAACAAGCACCUCAGCCAUGGUGACCUCAUCAUGCUGGAAUUUGGCCCCUCCCCUCAAGAUGGGCGAAAGAUUGAGCGCUCUCUCACAGCGAAAAGGAAGGAAAAUGUGGAGUCGUACAUCCCGACCAAAGCAGUCACAGUGAGGAGACAGACAGAAAGAGCAUCUAACAGUUCACAGGACAUGUCAAGCCAAUGUAGUCGCGUCGAGCGCCCCCUGUCUGCAGUGCGUAAAGCACAGGAAGAGAGAGAUUCAGAGGAGAUGGUUGCCAGCGUGUUUCAGGCCUUACAGAGAGAAAACACGCCACUGCAAACACACCGACAGAGAGAGUCAAACACACACACUCCUGAUUCCAAAGCUCACACACCAGGGAAAGGACAGGAGAGGACGAUGUCCUAUCACACUCUGCAGAAGGAAGACGAUGAUGAUGAAGAUAAGAGUGGAGUUAUCAGAGCUAUGCAGAGAAUCGCUCUCAUGGAACCCAGACAGCAGAGGUGUUUGUUAAAGGCUCUAGAGAGAAUCGACGCGGAUCAUCAGUCCAGUCUCGCUGACAGCAGCAGUUGUACUCUGGCUCGGAGGGAAGCAUCAAUGCAGGUGAAGCCCACUCUCUAUGUUACUAUGGAGAUCUUGUCAAACUGGGGACACCUGAGUCAGGUCGGGCUCACAGAAGUUCAGUUCUUCAGCCCACAACAUCAAAAGCUCUAUGUGUCUCCACACGACCUGGACAUCCGAAACGCCCACCAGCCCGGAAAUCUUGCUGCACUUGUCAACGGGAAAACUAAAACCACGAAAGCAUGUCACAUGUGGGCGUGUCCGUUCCACCCACCCAUCCAGCUCUACUUUAUCAUCAGGAAUGUCGAACGCUCCCCAGACUUCAGCAUCUCCCGGAUCAAAAUCUGGAAUUAUAACCGGAGUCUGAAUGAUCUUGAUGUGGGUGCUCGUCAUGUGCGCUUGUAUAUAAACAGCACUCUGGUCUUUGAGGGUCAUUUGGAGAAGGGCUGCGGAAACCAAGUCUUUGAUUACAGCACCUCCAUUGAACUCCAAGAACCACAUCUCCCAGAGUGCACCUCUCCAAGUCCUGUGUCCUCAGGACACACUCUGGUGGACUGCCGCCCUCAUAACCAUGACAACAAAUCUCAGGAGUCCAACUCAGGCCAAUCAGAUUCCAGCUCUGCCCUAAUAGAAACAAGCCAGGACCAAUCUGAUAGAAGUGCCAGUUACCUAGUUAAUCCUGGCAACUGUGCGGCUUCAAUGCAAAGAGACUCUCUAGAGAGGGACUCGCCCCCGUUGGAUCUCACUUUACCCACUGGGCGGUUUCCAGGACAACAAAUGGAGGCGGUGAAAACGGUGACCACCCAACCGUCAUCGAGUCGGCUUCCACAUUGGCUUCAACCGCUAAACCAGACAGUAACGGAUGAAACUGAGGGGUCUCGAGAGCGCCCCCAGUGGCUCCAACUUCAGAAUACAGCCGAACCCAAACACUCGUUGCUGCCGGAUAUAUCGUGCAACCCUGUACGUGCCUGCAAAGCCGCUUCUAGCCCCAGGGGGACAGCACCUCUUGAUAGGCCACAGAGAACAGUGUCCCGUGAAUUCAGCACCGACUCGUUGGAUUUGAACCCAGACUUGGGGCUGAACUGUCGAAUAGAGACCAAACAAGAGCGUGAAAAAGAUUCACAAUUGCAUUCAGAGCGACACCUGAGCGAUCAGUUGGACCAGGAUUUGAACUUGUGGGAUGAACGCGCUGAGAGAGCAGAACGACCAAUCAGUGGCAGGCGAGGUUCUGCAAGAUCGCUAAACAAAUCGCAAUUUAUCCACAGCAGUGACCUCAUCGCAACAGAGGAGAGCGGCCAGACGUCCGUCCGUAACCGAAGACCCAAAUCUCAGUGGUGUGAACAGGACGAUCCGUUAAUGGAAUCCUGGGACUCAUUAACGAAGUUUAACCAGCAUCAGCGAGGGCGAAUCUCCAACAUGGCUUUGGAGGGAGAUAUCUUCGAUGAGUUUAUUCAGCGUCAGUCCCGCCCAAUGCCCGUCACCCCCCGUCGUCCCUCCGCCUCUUCGCUCCCUGAUUUCGACGACCCUGAAGGUGACCCUGAUGAAGACUUUGAAAUCCCGGUUCUCCCACAAGGUCGCCACCUCGUCAUUUAUAUCAUGUCAACGUGGGGCGACCGUCACUACGUUGGCCUCAACGGCAUUGAGAUCUUUUCCUCCACCGGUGAGCCAGUCAAACCUGUCCACGUCACGGCCGAUCCACCUGAUAUCAAUAUUUUACCGGCCUACGGGAAAGACCCACGCAUCGUUACCAACCUCAUCGAUGGCGUAAACCGAACCCAAGACGACAUGCACCUGUGGCUGGCUCCGUUCACUCCUGGCCGCAGGCACGUGAUCUCCAUGGAUCUGGGUGUGGAAUGUUGCCUUGCAAUGAUCCGUGUUUGGAAUUACAAUAAGUCCAGGAUACACUCAUUUAGAGGAGCUCGAGAAAUGGAGAUAAUUCUCGAUGGCCAUUGUGUUUUCAGAGGGGAGAUAGCCAAAGCUUCUGGAACUCUCUCGGGAGCAUUGGAUCAUUUUGGUGAUACUAUCCUAUUCACGACGGACGAUGACAUCCUAGAGGCGAUGGCGCAGUUUGAUGACACAUUUGCUGGUGAGAUGGAGACGGGCGGGGCAAGUGUGGUGGAGGAGGAGCUUCAGAGGCCACGGACCGCUGAUGGUGAAGGAGAGGAAAGGCCCUUUACACAGGCCGGAUUCAGAGAGGAGGAUGCUCCUAUGGGACCGGUCCGAAUUCCCGCAGCAGAACUGUGUGCCGAUACUGGAGAGGAGAGAACUGGACUUUAUACUGGAACCAUCCUACAGCUAAAUCUGGCGAUGGCAUGGGGUGAUCCUCACUAUGUGGGUUUGACGGGUUUAGAGAUCGUUGGUGAAGUGGGUGAGAGUAUUCCUGUUGAUGUUUCUAUGGUAACAGCGUCGCCUCGUGACCUCAAUGACCUCCCUGAGUACAACAAUGACCUCCGAACACUGGACAAGUUGUUUGAUGGGCAGAAUAUCACGACAGAUGACAAGCACAUGUGGCUGAUUCCGUUCACGUGCGGUUCUGAGCACAGUCUCGUCGUGCGGUUUGGUCAGUCACAGACGAUCGCCGGAUUCAGGAUAUGGAACUACAACAAAUCACCCGAAGACUCUUACAGAGGGGUGAAGGUUCUGCAUGUGUUCCUGGACGGUUUGUGUAUUUCUCCACACGAGGGAUUUCUCAUUCGCAAGGGUCCAGGGAAUUGUCACUUCGACUUUGCACAAGAGAUUCUGUUUAUAGAUUAUCUGGAGUCUAACGUGAGCUGUGCCGCCCGUAACCUAUCACUCACUGGAACCAGAAAAAACACAGAUGACACUCACUGGGGUGGAAACAGAAGAGAUGAGCUGGCCAGUAUGGACUAUGAAGCACCUUUAAUGCCAUGUGGAUUUAUAUUCCAGUUGCAGUUGUUGACGACGUGGGGUGACCUGUACUACAUUGGCCUUAAUGGACUGGAAUUCUAUGACCAGAAUGAGCAGAAAAUACCUCUUAGUGACAACAACAUCGCUGCAUUUCCUGACAGCGUGAACGUGUUAGAUAACGUAUGCGGAGACGUCCGCACGCCUGACAAACUGAUUGAUGGGGUCAAUAACACACAUGAUGGCCGGCACAUGUGGCUCGCUCCUGUACUGCCUGGACUGGUGAACCGUGUUUAUGUCAUCUUUGACCAGCCAGUGACCGUUUCCAUGAUUAAAUUAUGGAAUUACUCCAAAACACCUCAGCGAGGAGUCAAAGAAUUUGGGUUUCUAGUGGAUGAUCUGUUGGUGUAUAACGGGAUUUUGGAGUGUGCGACGAACGUUUCACGGGGAAUUCUGCCAACCCUGGAUCCUGUCGUACCGUACCACACCAUACUGUUCACAGACAACACGCACAUCACACACCGAGAGAAGAGCACAAUUAUCAGCAAACACGUGGAGGACCAGGAUGUAAAAUUGACCAAUGAGAAUCAGAUUAUUCACCAGCACAAGAAGAAACAAACAGCAGACCCAGCUCUGCGGCCCAAAACCUGCAUGACGGACGCACGGAAACACGGAAAGCAGCGAUACUGACAGAGUAAGACAGAGUUGAAGGGUAAUGAAAGUGUUAACAGGAGCAUAAAAAAGCAAUAACAGUUUCUUUUUGGUCCAAAGAUACAUUGAAUAUACAAUGGCCUCACCAACAGACACGCACUCCCGUUUAUAUGUAACUAAUGUAUUAUAAAAGCUGUACAUUUGCUUAGUUAAUUUGUUAUUGUUAUAAUGUUUUUAAGUUGACAGUCUGAUAUUCUGUUUAAAGUAAGUGUCCUUUGAACCAUGACAUUUGAUUUUGAAAUGAACUUGGUAAUGCAUAAUGACAUGUACAACCUUACAUUUCAUGUCAGUUACACUUAUGAUAGCUUGUGCAUUUUCAAGACAUAUUUGUAAUAUUUUAAACAGCAGUCCAAUUUUGUAUGCAGCACAUCUGUGACAUUUUUACUAUAUUUCAGCACUCUUUUUUUUUUUUAAACCUUUCACAGAUAAUUCAAGACACUAUUACAAGUAAUAUGCAAGAGUUGCCAGUUUACCUCAUAUUAAAGUAACUAUAAUUAUUAUUAAAUAUCACAUAUUCCUC